AAAUGCAUCUUCCUCUCUUUCUGUACACCAGCCACCCAUCAGUGUGAGUCUCAUCAGUGGCAGUGUGCCAAUAAGCGCUGCAUCUCUGGGGCCUGGCAGUGCGACGGAGAGAACGACUGCGGCGACGGAUCCGACGAGGAUCCCGCUCACUGCUCCAGCAGGACCUGCAGACCCGGACAGUUCAAGUGCAGGAACGGCCGAUGCAUCCCGCAGAGCUGGAAAUGUGACGUGGACGACGACUGUGGCGACAACUCCGACGAGCCCAUCAACGAAUGCAUGGGUCCGGCGUACAGAUGUGACAAUCACACAGAGUUUGACUGCAGGACAAACUACCGCUGUGUUCCUCUGUGGGCCGUGUGCAACGGACACAACGACUGCAGGGACAACAGCGACGAACAGAACUGUG